AUGAUCGCGGCUUCAAAGGCCGUCGAUAGGACAAGAACAGCAGGAGCGACUGGCAGUGAUGUUGUCCAAACGGUCGUUGAUAUUAUCGGACAGAAAUGUAUCUUCAAAAAUGACCGCCUCUUUGUACGGAGAAUGGCUUAUGUAGAAAGUGAUGACGGCAGAGACAGAAUGGCCUUCCAGCCAGGCUUCUUUGGAGGAAUUUGGCGGGUGAUAAGUUUUCUAUUUCUUACUUUCUUCCCUUCUUUUCUUUCUUUCUUUCUUUCUUUCUUUCUUUCUUUCUUUCUUCUUUUUGUCUUUCUUUCUUCUUUCCAUCUUCUUUCUUCUUUCGUUCUUUUCUUCUUUCUUUCUUUCUUUUGUUUUUCUUCUUUCUUUGUUUUCUUCUUUCUUUCUUUCGUUCUUCUUUUCUUCUUUCUUUCUUUCUUCUUUAGUCUUUCUUCUUUCCGUGUUUUUUUCUUUCUUUCUUUCGUUCUUUUCUUCUUUCUUUCUUUUUUGUCUUUCUUCUUUCCGUGUUUUCUUCUUUCUUUCUUUCGUUCUUCUUUCUUUCUUCUUUUGUCUUUCUUCUUUCCUCGUUUUCUUCUUUCUUUCUUUCCGUCUUCUUUUCUUCUUUCUGGCUUUCUUCUUUUUUUUAUUUCUUACUGCUUUCUUCUUUCUUAUCAUAUUUCAAAAAUUAAAUACGAAGCCACGAAACUCUGCACCGGUGCACUUAUGCCUCUCUGCAACAACAUCAAAAGGCACUUCAGUAUCGACUGGCGAAAAACGACAUGGAAGGAUCUUCAAAAACCUUUUUAUUCCGGCUUGGCAGCAUAUCUCUCUCUUUCCCUCAACGGACAAGAUGUUCCCGGGGAUCCAGUUAAACAACAGGCAACAUGGCAGAAGGUUUUUCACUCGAAGAAUGUUUUAAAAUACACACGCGAUUUCCCAGAAGCUGCUAAGGCGUUAUCAACUCGUCAGUCUAAUAACAAACAAAGGACAGUCGCUGCAGCUGUAAGGGCCAAACAGAAGAAGAUAGAUAUCUUCUCUGUUGGCGUCGGUAACGGAAUUGAUUACAACGAGCUCCGUCAGGUGGCGAAUAGAUGUAAUCAUGUUUUCACUGUGAACACAUUCGACGACUUUGAUAACUUUAUUUCUGAGCUGACGAAGGAAACAUGCAAAGGUAAGAUCUAUCUAUCUAUCUAUCUAUCUAUCUAUCUAUCUAUCUAUCUAUCUAUCUAUCUCAGUAUAUUCAUUAUCUAUCUAUCUAUCUAUCUAUCUAUCUAUCUAUCUAUCUAUCUAUCUAUCUAUCUAUCUAUCUGGGUCUGUUCAUUAUCUUUCUGUUUGCAUUUCGGGAGGUAA